GUUUUUGAUUCUUAUUUAAUUUUGUGUGGCUAUAUCCAAUCUAAAUUUUUUUGAGAAUGGAAAGCAGGAAUAGUAAAGCUGUAGUGGUCAAAAAGUUUGGUGGAUAUGAAUCUCUGAGCAUUCAAGAAUUCGAUCUUCCUCCGUUGGACGAUACUAUUGAAAUAAAGGUAGAAUAUGGGGGACUGAAUUUUGCUGAUUUAUAUACAAGGCAAGGGUUGAUGGCAAAUAAGAAACUGCCUUUUGUUCUGGGCAUCGAAUGUACUGGAAUCAUUACUUCUAUUGGAUCGAAUGUCUCCAACACUGAUUUCAAAGUGGGACAAAGAGUUAUCUGUUAUGAUUACAAUGGAGGAAUGUAUAGAGAAGUGGUACGCCUCAGCCCAACUAAAUGCUUUCUAUUACCAGAUUUCAUAAGUACAAAACUUGGUGCAGCUAUUUUUGUUAACUAUUUAACAGCCUAUUUUUCAUUGCUGAGUCUCGGAAAUCUCAAGGAGAAUGAAACUAUUCUGAUUUUAUCUUGUACAGGUGGAGUAGGAUCAGCUGCUACACAGAUAGCAAAAACAAUAAAAGGAGUUACUGUAUUUGGUACUGGUUCAAUUAGUAAGAAGCAAGAUGCACUAAAAAAUGGCGUUGACACAUUUAUUCCAAAUGAGAGUUUUGAAGAAUUACAAAUGCAGAAAUUUGACUUGAUAUUAACAAAUGAAGCAGGGAAUACAUUCAAUUUUCUUCAAGAACUAUUGAAUCCUCUGGGAAAUAUAGUGAUAAUAGGUGCCAACAAUUAUAUUCAAAAUGAUCAAAAAAUCUCAAUGUUAUCUCUCUUGAAAUCAUGGUGGACAAUGAAGAAUGUAUCUAUUGAAUCUCUGAUCACCAACAGCCGGGUGGUAGCUGGUUUACAUUUGGGAAUGCUAGUAGAAAGAGACAGGAAUAAGGUGCAGAAAACUUUGGAACAUAUCUUCAAACUUAUUAAAGAUGAAAUACUAAAACCCCUGAUACACUCUACAAUGCCAAUGGCACAGAUUGUAAGUGCUACAAGAUUACUGGCUGAAAGGAAAAAUGUUGGGAAAGUUUUAAUAAAAAUUUCAGAUCAAUGAAAUUUGAUUAAUAAAGAAAAUUCAUUUCAAUAAUAGAUACUUUUUAUUGAAUGGUUUAUUCACAGUAGUAUAUUAUGGAAAAAAUAAAUAGUCUCUACAAUUACCUAAAGCUUAAGGUGAAAGGUUUAAUUGAAGAAAUUAUAGCUGUUUUCAACCAAUUUCAAUUAAGUGAACACAGAAAACAAAUCAAAUUGUAAUAUUUUAAUCCUGUAAUGUUCUCAAACAUGAUGUAGAAAAUAGUGUUGAAGUAAACUUCCACAAAUCUACAUGAUUAGAAUUCUAAAAAACUAUAUUCUUCAGGCCUCUUACUUCUGAUGGAUUGUCAAUCACAUCUUCAAUCUCAAUAUUAUUGAUCCUUAAAUAUGUCUGAGGUAUUCUAAAGAAAUGUGUCCUCAUAUAUUGUUUCCUCCUCUUCUUUCUGAAAUGGAUCUUGGUAUGGGACAAAGUUUUCUCAAUAACAGUUGCAUGAACUCCUAUGAGACCUUUUUGUAUCAUAGGACGGCCAAUCAAUGUAAAAUCCAUGGAACCAGCCAAUAGUACUUUAUCAAGAAUCAAUUUAUCACCUAUGUUUGGUGGCCAAUAUCCCUCAAUUACUAUAACAUCUCCACUUGUUAUUUUGAAUUGUUUUCCUGCUACAUGUACUACAGCAAAGAGUCUGUCACUUUUUGCAGCCACCAAUUCAUUCACUUUUCCAAUGACUUGCUUGUUCAAAAUUGCUUCCUGUUUGCUAUCUGAGAUUUCAUAUUCUACUGGAAUAUUAGAAUAGUACUUUGGAGCCCCAAUGAUGUUUGAUACAGCUGGAACCAGUUUUAUAUAACUUGGUGAGUUAUUUGUGAAUUUGGUAACUAAAAGUUUUACAAUGGAAGCCAUUCUGCUACAGAUGGUAGCAGCUGGAUGCUGGAUCUCCCGUCUGCCGUCUGAAAAGUUUAUCAGGUCUGUCUCUUUAUAUACAAUUUAUUAGAUCUCUGGUUUGUAAUGUUUUUGACUGAGCGAGCUGUUCUGUUUGUUUGUAAUAUAGGUUAAGUAUUUAGGUUAGGAUCAUAAUAUAUGUCGUCUUAUUUUUAUUUCCUUUUUUCCGAUUUGGUCUCACAACGUGCUCACAACUUG